AUGGGACGAACCCCGAGGAUUCCAGAUGCCCAAUGGGAGAGGCAGAAACAAACGAUCGAGAGAAUCUACAUGACAGAGCAGCGAAGCCUCAAACACCUAGGGGAGGGAAUGACUGCUAUACAUGGCUUCAUUGCAUCAGAGCGCGAGUAUCGGCGUAAUUUUGAAAAAUGGGAAUUCAAAAAGAAUGGCACUGAACAAGCCGUUGACCAUGUUUCUCACCAAGAUCGCAAACGGAUAGCAAAAGCCCCGCCAUCGAGGCUGAUGCAAAAAAGUUUCAUCCUAAAAUUCUAUAUUCAUAACCUGUGUCCCGAGUUUCGCUGGCACGAUAACAUUGAGAGAGAACUCUGGAGGUUCAAGAAUGCUACUGAUACUAUUAUCAACGGCUCAUUUGCGUCUGGGAAGGAUGGAUGGAUAGCAAACCAUGUCUCGUUCAUUGCUCCAUCAAUUGGCAUGGAUAGUUUCCAACAAUGGGAGCACCUCAACUCCCAGUCUUCAGCUAUAGUUGCCCUUACAGGAAUGGGCAUUGAUGCUGAAGUUAGAGGCUCUAUUGAAGAGCUAUUCCAAAAUCUUGAAAGGCUCCAAAGCUUUCAGAAUCGCAAGGCGAUCAUACCACAGCUUAUCUACAUAUGGAGAGUAUGUCUGAAUCUCUUCAAAGCUCGCUUGCCUCUGCCUCAGCCCAAAACAGGCGAAAGUCAUUCAAUCCUUUCUAUCAAUCCCCUUGUCCCAGCACUUAUACAACGGUUGGAAGUGCAUCUAACUGCCAAAUUUGGUAGAAAGGAUCCUGCCUGCGAAAUCAUGGCCGCACUCCUCACAAUCUUCAGACAUACACCCCAAAAGUUCAAGUUAGCAUUAGAGUGUGGAUAUUUUAUGACUAUCAAGAGAUUCGAAGCCAUCGCUGGAAGCGGCCAUCCUAUGGUUUUGAGAAUGUGGUCCAACUAUGGCAGAGCCUGGGGACCAAACGCAUUCUUCGACAUUGAUCGAAUAGGCGAGGUGCUCCAACAUAUCAACUCCUACGUUGAUUACUCUGAUGUCGAGACUGGGCCACAGUCGAUACUUAGCUUCCUCAACCUCACAGAGAUGCAGGUAGCUAAAGAGAGCUUUGAGUUAGGAAACCUCAGUCAAUAUUGUGCUAUGCUACCAUAUCCAUCGCAUCCCACUCGCUUGGAAGAUUUCGCUCUGGAACUGAGGAAGAGGGCAAUGCGGAUUCUCCAGACCGGUGACGAUCGCUCCAAUGCCUUGAUACUGGACGCUUUUGUUUUCGUAACCGAGCUGCUGGCUUUAAGGCUAUUUGUCAGACUUUGUCCUCAAUUCAGCCUGGAGAUUCUCGAUGAAGCCAUAGAGCUAUUACAGAAAGGUGGUCCUGGAUGCGUUGUCUGGGCUUCCAGGUUCUCAAAAGAUCGUCUCUCACUGCUCAAAGGUAGAGGAAGCCUGGAGGAUUUUCAUAUAGAGAAAGUCCGUAUGAACCACAUCCGAAGGAAACUACCAACCUUGCAGUCACAGAUUACAAAGCUUCCAAGGGCUGUUAGCACAGCUAGGACAAGGGAGUUUAGAAAGCAACGUCGGGAGGAGAGGUACAUCUUGCGUGGAUAUCUCCAAUCCAUGCUAGAUAGCCUCCUUCCGUCUCCAGGUGAUGAGGAACACUGA